CUCGAGUCGCUCUUUAUAAAUUUCCACAACGUUAGCCAUGCCCGGCCAUCUGGAUUAAUCUGUUCUUUCUUGUAAGACUCCUAUAGAUAAGGCUCUUUUGUACAACCGCUCCGCCUCCCCGCUUUCUCUGUGAGACUGCCCUUGUCACUACGCAUGUCAAUCGUGUUCUAUGGCAGGGAGUUGGAUACGACGAAUGUAUGUACUUUUACCCGCAUCUGUACUAAUCACUGGCAGCGUGUACAUGAACUUGAGGGAAUGUCUGCCACGAGGUCUUCAAACCUGUGUUGGAUUAAUGAAAGUGUCACAUCAGUGGGUUGGCCCGCAGUACGUCCAACACUGCCCUGCGAUUCACUCCCACUUUGACUCCGCAUCGGUACUGUUCUCUAUAUCAUCCAUUAAACGUCACUUCGGCAACUCAAGCACUGGAUGGUGGUAUAUCAGCUGAAUCACGGAUACGAUCGUCAUAUAUCCACCAAGUUCGCCGCCGCUCCUUCACUCCCAUCCUCCAACAGUAUGACCCUAGUCUCGGAUAUCAACUCCCAUUAUAUUUUCGGCUACUUUACAGUUGCCGCCUCUGUUGGGAUAAUCUACGAUUGGGCGCUUACCUUUGGACAAGAG